CUAUUGUCAGAUCGGAUCAGUCUAAUGCAGCUAUUAAACAUGUCCGGCGCGAAACAUUCACCGGGUUGUGCAACGGAAAAACCGUCCCCCCGCCCCCGGUUUUACUCACGCCUUCAGUUCCGAGGUCACAAACUCCAAGGGACCGACCAAAUUGACGACGAACAGGGAAGAUAUGGCGAGUCCUGAGAGUUUAAGGUUUCGACAAACCUCUGUCGAAAUCCUGAAUGACUUUUUCAUCAAUCUCAACGAGAGAAACAAAGAUAACCUCCGCAGUUUGUCCACCUGUAGCGGAGCCUUCAAGGAUAAAAGACUAUUUGAAUACAUUCUGCUGAUGUGUGAGGAGCUCCGACUGGACUUCCCCGUCGCUUAUCACGCCGUCGUAUUACUUCGAAGGUUCAUGGUCAAACACGUCACACAUUUGCUGACACGCGGAAGUGCGAGAGAGGCCGAAGCGAGUGCCCGCGAGGACGCCGCGUUCAAGAAAAUCCGGGACGACUUCGCCUUGAUGGUGUUGUCCUGCGUGCAGCUGGCCAGCAAGUUGUCACUGCAAAGCCAGAUCGUUGAAAUCAACAAGGCUGUACGUUUUCUGCGCUCAGUGGGGCUCAACUUUUCCAAAGAGGAUGUUCUGAAAUCGGAGCUGAUGGUCCUGAACGGUCUGCAAUUCCGACUGGACCCUCCCAACCCUCUCACCUACGUGGAAGUACUUCUGGAGGUGCUCGGCCACAACGAAUCAAGCGCCCCUGUGGAGCGCCUGCACCACAUCUGCUGCCACGUGCUCCAGUUCGUCAGCUUGCAGCACGACGCGCUUUACGACGCUCUGCUGGCCGUCACCACGCAGAGCCCCCGUCCUACCGCCGAGCAGAGAGAGAAGUUUAUGCCGGUGACAGAAGACUGCAUGCUCCUGGGCGUGGGCGUCAUCGCCGCCGGCGCCUUCAUCCUCCACGUCGGAGACUGGCAGCAGGUUGUGCAAGAACUGAGCCACAUCACGGGAAUCUCCACCACCAGCAUCUGCAGCUUUGCCCGAGUCACGCUCGCGCUCCUUAUGGGAACCCCAAGUGAUGUUUAAUGCUCUCUUCUGCUCACGUCAUUGACGAGAAUAAAUCGCUCACCUCAGAAGCGACAACAGUAUUUGGUUUGUUACUUUUGCUUCAUUGGUAAGUAUUUGAAAUCCAUUCGGCACAACAGUGGGCUCCCUCGACGGACGUUAAGAGCAGUGUCCCAAUACUUUUGCCUGUACAGCGCAUGAAAAUCGUUUCUUAGAGAAGGGAACAUCCUCUUAAAUAAACGUUCCGCACUCUCCCUAGUGACUCGAAGGCCCCCAGGUGGUCUUUCCACUGUGGCGAAUCAUUGAAGUGGCAGCCCACUCUCGCUGCCGGUCACGCUGGAGGUUGUAAGAGUGCCUGAUGGCCCUCUAAUCAUAUCGACGGAGGAAGAGGUGCACGAGAGCCGUGACCGGCGGCGACCAUCGAUCAUCUCGUGCAUCAAACGCUCGUCUGAGGAGGGAGGAGGAGAAUUGAAUUGUGAUUGACAUCCACCGGCGCUUCCCUUUAAUAACGAUGAAGGAGUGAGGACGCUACCGGAAGUGGAGCGUGACAGCUGCUGACGCUUGCCACUUUGGCAAGUCCUGUCAGCAGCAGCGUGUUGUUGCGGCGCUGCGUGGCACUGCUUGCCUGGGACUGCUUGUGAUUGACGACCCCCCCCC